AGCCUGGAUCUGUGUAUGCCAAGCAUCCAAGACCUCGGGGUCUGUCCUGACCACCGACUUAGCUGAGUGACAAGCGGACGUGUGGCGAGCCACCCUGCUUGCUGGCUGACCUGCAGAGAUGCUCCCCGGGUGGCGCGCUGAGGUGCUUGUGGUCCUUUAUACCCGCUCUUGGGGAGGUGCGUGGGAUGCGCAGACCCAGGAUGGGUGGGGGCGGUCCUCCAGACUGCUCUUUGGCCACCUUGGGAACGCAACUUUUCCGGGGGUGUGGGUGGGGAGAGCAUCAGUGCUGGGUGGGAGAGGCUGUCGUCCUGGGCACCCCGCCCCCUCCUGGGCCGCCCCUCCCCCGCGCCCCUGCUCUGGCUCUCCAGCAUCCUCACUCCGCCCAGUUCUGUGCCAGCUGCGUGGGCUCUGGUUUCGUGCGGGUUUUUUUCCCCCUUGGAAUGCUCCAAAAAACUCGGCAGCGACUACGGAAACCCCAUCGGAACUGACCAGCUGCGCUAGCACCAGGCACAGCACUGGUGCCGCGCGCCCGCCGAGCCCACCGCGGUCACUUCAGCCACCAGAUUGCAACUUUGCGGAGAUGACGGACUAGCAUGGCCUGAAGCAUGGCUCAGUUCUAUUACAAACGAAAUGUCAACGCCCCCUACAGAGACCGCAUCCCACUGAGGAUUGUCAGAGCAGAAUCUGAACUCUCACCAUCAGAGAAAGCCUACUUGAAUGCCGUGGAAAAGGGGGACUAUGCAAGCGUCAAGAAAUCUCUGGAGGAAGCUGAGAUUUAUUUUAAAAUCAACAUUAACUGCAUUGACCCCCUUGGGAGGACUGCUCUUCUCAUUGCCAUUGAAAAUGAGAACCUGGAGCUGAUUGAACUGUUGUUGAGUUUUAAUGUCUAUGUUGGCGAUGCGCUCCUUCACGCCAUCAGGAAAGAGGUGGUUGGAGCUGUGGAGCUACUGCUGAACCACAAAAAGCCAAGCGGAGAGAAGCAGGUGCCUCCCAUCCUCCUUGACAAACAGUUCUCUGAAUUCACCCCAGACAUCACGCCUAUCAUCUUGGCUGCACAUACAAAUAAUUAUGAGAUCAUCAAACUCUUGGUCCAGAAGGGUGUCUCGGUGCCCAGACCCCACGAGGUCCGCUGUAACUGUGUUGAGUGUGUCUCCAGCUCAGACGUGGACAGCCUCAGGCACUCACGGUCCAGGCUCAACAUCUACAAGGCUUUGGCCAGCCCCUCGCUCAUUGCGCUGUCAAGUGAAGACCCUUUCCUCACCGCCUUUCAGUUAAGCUGGGAGCUGCAAGAACUGAGUAAGGUGGAGAAUGAAUUCAAGUCGGAGUAUGAGGAGCUGUCUAGACAGUGCAAACAGUUUGCUAAGGACCUCCUCGAUCAGACACGGAGUUCCAGAGAGCUGGAAAUCAUUCUUAAUUACCGUGAUGACAAUAGCCUGAUCGAAGAACAGAGUGGAAAUGAUCUUGCGAGGCUAAAAUUAGCCAUUAAGUACCGUCAAAAAGAGUUUGUUGCUCAGCCCAACUGCCAGCAGCUGCUCGCUUCCCGCUGGUACGAUGAGUUCCCAGGCUGGAGGAGAAGACACUGGGCGGUGAAGAUGGUGACGUGUUUCAUAAUAGGACUACUCUUCCCCGUCUUCUCCGUGUGCUACCUGAUAGCUCCCAAAAGCCCACUUGGACUGUUCAUCAGAAAGCCAUUUAUCAAGUUUAUCUGCCACACAGCCUCCUAUCUGACCUUUUUGUUUCUGCUGCUGCUAGCCUCUCAGCACAUCGACAGGUCAGACUUGAACAGGCAAGGUCCACCACCAACCAUCGUGGAGUGGAUGAUAUUACCGUGGGUCCUGGGUUUUAUAUGGGGAGAGAUUAAACAGAUGUGGGAUGGCGGACUUCAGGAUUACAUCCACGACUGGUGGAAUCUAAUGGACUUCGUGAUGAACUCCUUGUAUCUGGCGACAAUCUCCUUGAAGAUUGUCGCAUUUGUAAAGUACAGUGCUCUGAACCCACGGGAAUCAUGGGACAUGUGGCACCCCACCCUGGUGGCAGAGGCUUUAUUCGCUAUUGCAAACAUCUUCAGUUCCCUCCGCCUGAUCUCUCUGUUCACUGCCAAUUCUCACCUGGGGCCUCUGCAGAUAUCUCUGGGAAGAAUGCUCCUGGACAUCCUAAAGUUCUUAUUCAUAUACUGCCUCGUGCUGCUAGCUUUUGCAAAUGGCCUAAAUCAACUGUACUUCUACUAUGAAGAAACGAAGGGGUUAAGCUGCAAAGGCAUACGGUGCGAAAAACAGAACAACGCGUUCUCCACGUUAUUUGAGACUCUACAAUCCCUGUUUUGGUCAAUAUUUGGACUCAUCAAUCUCUAUGUUACCAAUGUCAAAGCCCAGCAUGAGUUCACUGAGUUUGUUGGGGCCACCAUGUUUGGCACAUAUAAUGUCAUCUCUCUGGUUGUCCUCCUGAACAUGCUGAUCGCUAUGAUGAAUAAUUCUUACCAGCUAAUUGCUGACCACGCAGAUAUAGAGUGGAAAUUUGCUCGAACAAAGCUUUGGAUGAGCUACUUUGAAGAAGGGGGUACCCUGCCUACACCUUUCAAUGUCAUCCCAAGCCCCAAGUCCCUGUGGUACCUGGUCAAGUGGAUAUGGACACACUUAUGUAAGAAAAAGAUGAGAAGAAAGCCAGAAAGCUUUGGGACAAUUGGGCGGCGUGCUGCUGAUAACUUGAGAAGGCAUCACCAAUAUCAAGAGGUGAUGAGGAACCUGGUGAAGCGCUACGUGGCAGCCAUGAUCAGAGAGGCAAAAACUGAAGAAGGCUUGACAGAGGAGAAUGUUAAGGAGCUAAAGCAAGACAUUUCUAGCUUCCGCUUCGAAGUUCUGGGACUGCUCCGGGGAAGCAAGCUCUCCACAAUACAGUCAGCCAACGCGGCGAGUUCAGCGAGCUCGGCGGACUCCGACGAGAAGAGCCACAGCGAAGAAGAAAUUACUCGUCAACAGGCGGCAGGAGCACUUGAGAGAAAUAUCCAACUGGAAUCCCAAGGAUUAGCUUCACGGGGUGACCGCAGCAUUCCUGGUCUCAAUGAACAGUGUGUUCUAGUAGACCAUAGAGAAAGGAAUACGGACACUUUGGGUUUACAGGUAGGCAAGAGAGUGUGCUCCUCCUUCAAGUCGGAGAAGGUGGUGGUGGAAGACACCGUCCCUAUUAUACCAAAGGAGAAACACGCCCAGGAGGAGGACUCAAGCAUAGAUUAUGAUUUAAGCCCCACGGACACAGUUGCCCAUGAAGAUUAUGUGACCACGAGAUUGUGACAACUUGGAGAAGGAGUGUUUACCAUACCUAUACAUAUUUUCCAUAGUGCUCUGGGCAGGCAAAAUGUAUGAAAUUACAUUAUCAAAUGCUAAUUUACACUUUCUAAUGUGUAUCUGUUGUGGCAUAUUAGCCUGUAUUUAUGUUUGAACAAAGCAGAGGCAACGUGAACCCUCCUCUUUUGUAGCCUGCUUUUGCUAUCACGGUUUAUUUUACAAGUGUUUCUGUUGAAUAAAUGCACCUUCUACCCCUGUACUGUUACAAUAACCCACAGAAAAUUUUUAGCUAUCUUUUUCAAUUAAAACCAAUGCAAU